GACCACAUCCAUCCAUCCAUCUUCAUCCUCAUCCUCAUCACCACUCACACAUCCUCCCUCAUCACAACAACCACACCUACCACAAUCAUGCUCCGCCAAUCCAUCACCAAGCCCAUCACCACCACCAACCGUCUCCUCGUUAGCCGCUCAUUCUCAGCUCUCGCUCCCAGAAUGGGCGCUGGUGAUACCGGGGCUCCUCGUGCAGGAGGUGCCGCACACUCUGACUCAUUCACCAAGCGCGAAGCCGCCCAAGAGGGAAAGUACAUUCACGACAAGGAGAUCGAGAAGCUUCGUGCUCUGAGGGCCAAGGUCCAGGAACAGCGCAAGCACCUUGAUGAGCUGGAUAAGCACAUUGACGACAUCACCAAGAACCAGGGCGGAGAGCAGAACUAGAUAUGAUGACACUACUUUGAAACGACCGUGUUCGUUUGAACUGAUGAUAUGACACCUACCUACUUGACCUACUUAGCUAGCAGCUAGUGGUGCUGGGAUUCCUAGCUCGCUACUGACCUACGCAAACAUGUAAUCUCUCCUCUCCAUCUACGUUCUACAUAGCAUAGCCGGUAAUCCAUGUUCAUGGCGAUUAUCAUUAUUCCCAUUGAAAGACUCCAGCGGUUAAAUUGCGGAUAAGAAAAGCAUGCCUAAACCAUCCUGUACCUUGUUACAUAAUUCCCUCUAUCGCCGUCCCAUGUAAGAGCGGUAGAAAUCGUCCGCAGCGCUGGCGCCCAUGGUCGAGCUGCCGAGGCCAUAGCCAAAGCGUGACGAGAGAGACUGGCCUGCCUUCUGGGCGGCGUUCACCUUGGCCUGCAGCUCGCUGGUGCCCACGUCGAUGACUUGCAGUUGCGCCAGGUGUGAGUUGAGGAUGCGGACGAUUUGCGAGAUC